AUGUCGAUUCCAACAUACGGUGCAAAUCAGGGAGCCGAAAUCGAUGCUUACAUUUCGCCAUACGCCAAGGAGGAACCAAUGUCUCUUGAUCCUCCGAAAAUAGCAGUACAAGGUCAAGAAGUUGAGGAUGCGCAAUCGAUAUCAAUUGGUUCAACCUUGCACCGGUCAUCCUCGGAUUUCUGUAAGAGUCAACCGAUUGACGAGCCGAGUCUUCGCCGCGUUAGUAGUCGCCGUAAAGCAGAGCAUCCGUUGAAAACAAGCAAAUCCCCGUCGAGGCCGCCAUCGGCUCAAAAGUUGCGCAAAAACUUCGUCGGCGUUUUGGAGUCUUUCGUCAGACACGUAGCAUCGGUAGAGCCGAAUGUGGUUUCAUGGACUGGCGAUGGUUCCGGUUUCUUCUUGAAUGAGUUAGAGGAUCCCCAAGCUUUGAACGUUGCCAUUUCCAAGUUCUUUUGGUUCACACAGAUGCUGAUCUACAUCUCACUAAUUCAUUUUGGACUUUCAGAUGGACGCUACCCCUCGCUUCGCCGCCAGCUUAAUGUCUAUGGAUUCAAAAAAUAUAAAAGGAGUCACAGAUAUAAGGGAGCAUUUCAUCACCCGUCAAUACACCGCAACAUGACCAAUUGGCAAUCCCUAAUGCUAAAACCCAUUGUCCGUCCAAGUAGAGCUUCUAAAUCGAAGAAUGCGCCAUUUCUUCGGCACGGUAAACCGGUAGAUGAAAAGCCAUCACCAGCAUCACCACCAAAUCGCAUGGGAGAAAAAGCGGCUAUAUCCUCCCUGACGGGAAAGUGUGCACUCGAGAAGCUCAAUAUUCCAAGCUCCGAUGGUUCUUACGCUGGGCUUCCGGUUGUAUCAGGACGGACCGACCGGGCAGCCCUCACGUCAGCCUCAUCAGGAACGGAAGCCGCUUUGGAAGAGUACGGUAUGUACGACAAAUAUCACAACUUGAUUUCAGGAGGCAAUGAAGGUGCAGAUGUGGGGGAAACUGAAGAGACUUCCUUUUCAAUGGAAUAUACCACACCAUCAGAAAUAAAGCCACAAAUAGGAUUGUUUGAUCCUGUUUCGUAUCUCGAAGGGGGCGGGUUUUCCGAGAAGCGAGACCUCCGGACUCUUGCCGAUGCUGCGGAGCUAGCGGCGGCUAAGGGCUGGAAUACCAAUUUGACAAAGUAUUCGCCUGUGAUCCGAGCUGACUGUAAAGAGAACGACACUCCUAUUCACGCAAUAUAUACAAGAGACCUGGGCUCAUUGUGGGACAAGAGUCCCGCUGCCGUGCGAAUGCAGUUUGAUUCAACGACGCCCUUGGUUUCAGCCUCGCCUAUUGAUCCUGGAGUCAGGAAAAAUAUUGGCAAGUAUCCGCAUCCUGGUAUGCCCGACUACUCGCCUUCGUUCAUAACCUCAGUCUUGGAACGAUCUGGAGCUACAUUGUGGACACCGAAUUUUGAUGACAAGGAAAUCGACAUUCCGUCGCCUCCAAUGGAACAGUGGUUCAGUCCCCCUAAAUUUCCAUCUCUUCCCAUGCACAAAUCAUUCAGUCCGGGGAAAAACCUGGAUCUCGAUACACUCGAAACUUACGUCACAAGGAUUGACAUUGAGUCGAAAAAACGCAAAAGAAGCACUGUGCUUUGUUCUCCCCCGUAUCUGUCUCCUGAUUCCCCUACAAUGACUUUUGAAGACUUUUGUAGUGUGUCUAGCGAAAUUUCAUUCUCAACGGAAAGAUUGAGCGGCGAGGCUGAAAUCUGUACGGCAUCUAGCUAGAGAGCUUCCAACCUUGGUGUUGGGUGUUCUUCUUUCAGCAUGCUUUAUAUUUGUGUUUGCCAGAUGGUGCCAACAUCCAAAAUGUUGCCUGUCAAGGACGCGUUCCGCUAAACUUUGAGAUACAAUCUUUCAGUCAGCCC